AUGGAUUCUUCCGACGACGAUAUGCCCCUCGCGGGUUCAAGGAGGCCAAACGGCACAAACGGAGUCGCACCUCGUCUGUCUUCCUCCAAAAUCCCAUUCUCACUCGACGCUGCAAUGGAUCGUCAGAUCCCCACCAAUGGCGAAGUCGUGCCGGGUAUUUCGAUGGCAAACGGUGAGGUCAAGGUUGAAGAACUAUCACCACCCGGAAACAAAGACAACACCCCUAACGGCGUCGCUGCGGCAAAACGUAAGAUCAGGGAGAGCCUCACGCGACCAUCUUAUGCCGAGCCAGAAAGCAGCGACGACGACCUACCAUUGAGCAAAAAGAGAAAGACAUUAGCUGCUGUCGAAUCAGAUUCUGACGAUGCCCCUCUCAUAUCCAAGGCCAAGGCAAAUGGCAAAGUUGUCCAGAAGCCUCCUCGAGUCUCAGCUCAUCAAAUUGGUGAAGAGUCAGACUCAGACGUGCCUCUUGGCCAGAAGCUGGCCAAACAAAAGCAGAAAAUAGAGAAAGCAGCAGAGAAGGAAGCGAAGCAGAUUCGAAGGGAGGAGAAGAAGGAGGCUGGAAAGGCUGUCAGAAGGCCUGUCCCGGCAAAGAGGGUAAAACAGGAGGAAUCCAGUGACGAUGACAAGCCUCUAUCGAAGCGGGCACCUGCAGCUACUACCAAGAAAAUAAAGGCCGAACCGUCCAAAACCGCUAAAAAGGUCAAAGUAGAAGCUCCCUCACCCGCGAAGAAGUCCAAGGCAGUCAAAAAGGAAGAGAGUGCCGAUCCUGACGACGAAGAGGAUGAAGAGGACGAAGUCAAAUGGUGGGAAGAUCCGACCAAGGGUGAUGGAACAAACAAGUGGGAGACUUUGCAGCACAACGGCGUUGUCUUCCCACCUCCCUAUCAACCACUUCCUCCGCAAGUCAAGAUGAAAUACGACGGUCAGCCUAUCACCCUCCAUCCUGAUGCAGAGGAGGUAGCCGGAUUCUUCGGCGGCAUGCUCAACUCGACGCACAAUGUGGAGAAUCCAACGUUCCAGAAAAACUUCUUCAGUGAUUUUAAGGACAUUCUGAAGAAGACCGGCGGCGCAAAGAACAGAAAUGGGGAGAAGGUGGAGAUCAAAGAAUUUGCAAAAUGCGACUUCAGGCCCAUCUUCGACCACUACGAAGCCGAAAGGGCAGCGAAGAAGGCGCUGUCAAAAGAGGAGAAGAAAGCCAUCAAAGAAGCAAAAGACAAAGCCGAAGCCCCGUACAUGUACUGUCUCUGGGAUGGCAAGAAACAAAAGGUUGGCAACUUCCGAGUCGAACCUCCUGGACUUUUCCGCGGCCGAGGUGAUCAUCCCAAAACCGGCAAAGUCAAGACGAGAGUCAUGCCUGAACAGGUCACCAUCAACAUUGGUAAAGAAGCCACCGUUCCCGUUCCGCCAGAGGGUCACAGCUGGAAAGAAAUCAAACACGACAAGCAAGGGACAUGGCUGGCCAUGUGGCAGGAGAACAUCAACGGCAACUACAAGUAUGUCAUGCUGGCUGCAAACUCGGAUGUCAAGGGCCAGAGCGACUACAAGAAGUUUGAGAAGGCCCGUGAACUCAAGAAGCACAUUGAUCGAAUUCGCAAAGAUUACCGGAAGGAACUCAAGUCGGAAUUAAUGGCCGAUCGACAAAAAGCAACUGCCAUGUACCUCAUCGAUCAGUUUGCCCUUCGUGCUGGUAAUGAGAAAGGGGACGACGAGGCUGACACCGUCGGUUGCUGUUCUCUGAAAUAUGAGCACAUUACUUUGCGGGCUCCUAACACGGUCAUCUUCGACUUCUUGGGGAAAGACAGCAUUCGCUUCCACGAAGAGUUCGAGGUGGACGCCCAGGUCUUCAAGAAUCUCAAAAUUUUCAAGAAGCCACCCAAGAGUGAGGGAGACGACAUCUUUGACAGGCUGACUACGACUCAACUCAACAACCACCUGAAGAACUACAUGCCAGGCUUGACUGCCAAGGUCUUCCGUACCUAUAACGCGUCUUUCACAAUGGCCAAGCUACUUUCCGAGAUGAAAUCUGAAGGUUCAAUAGCCGAGAAGAUCAAGGAUUACAACGACGCGAAUCGAAAAGUUGCUAUUCUCUGCAACCAUAAGCGAACCGUUGCAGCCGGACAUGCGGGUCAGAUGGAGAAGUUGGGCGACCGAAUCAAAGGACUCAAGUACCAGCAAUGGCGAAUCAAACAAAUGAUGCUCGAUAUCGAUUCAAAGAUCAAGAAGAAGAAGGGUGCAGAGUAUUUUGAGCUGCCAGACGACCUGGAUGAGGCCUGGAUUCAAGAACAUCAGGCCUUCUUGGUUGAACAAGAGAAGGUUAAGAUCACCAAGAAAUUCGAGAAGGAGAAUGAGAAACUCAAAUCGGAAGGUGAGAAAGAGAUGAAGCCGAAGGAGCUCGAAGAACGCCUGAAGGCGGUCAAGGAUCUGGAGAAGAAGUUCCAGAAGGAGAACAAGACGAAGAAGGUCGAGGCGGAAGGAAAGUCUCCGAAUGUCGAGAAGUUUGAAGAGCAGGUCAAAAAGAUUGACACAAGGAUUGCUACCAUGGCCGUCCAGGCAGAGGACAAGGAGAACAAUAAAGAGGUGGCAUUGGGAACUUCGAAGAUUAACUACAUCGAUCCACGGUUGACGGUGGUUUUCAGCAAGAAAUUCAACGUGCCCAUCGAGAAGUUCUUCUCCAAGACUUUGCGUGAGAAGUUCGAAUGGGCCAUCAAGUCUGUCGACGAGGACUGGGUCUUCUGA